AAUUUUGUUUUAAGAGAAAAAGAAAGAGAAGGGAAGAAAGCCCUAACAAUAUUCGUUCUCCCUCUCUUUUUCGUGGAACAGCCCCCACUUGAACUUUCAGCCGCCCAAGAAAUCCUCUCUCCGACAACCAUUAGCAGCGACUACUAGUGACUGAGCGACACUAGAACCACCAUCCAGCAUCCCAUUUCUGUCUUCAUCAACCACGCCAGACUCCGAGUUCCAGCGACGGCGGCGCUUACAUCCUUCGGUGGCGGUUACCAUCGACACCCUGGAAACCCACGCGGUCUGAACACCCUGGAAGCGACGUUUUCCUCCCUUUCGGCAAGUUGGACCGGAAAAGAGGUCGGUGGACUUGGAUAUAUCAGUUAGGGGCAAUGGAGAUCGUUGGUAGCCUCGGAUGAAGUCAACAAGGUUGACGGAGUGUGUUGAUGAUAGUGGAUAAAGUCAUGUCGAUGCACCUGGUCUCAAUUAGUUGAGGUCAACGUGUUUGAGAUCUUGAUUUCCGAGAAGAAUGGCAACAUUUGAACUCUACCGCAGAUCAACGAUUGGAAUGUGUUUGACUGAAACUUUGGAUGAAAUGGUUCAGAACGGUACUCUUAGUCCCGAGCUUGCCAUUCAGGUUCUUGUCCAGUUCGAUAAGUCGAUGACUGAUGCUUUGGAAUCACAAGUGAAAAGCAAGGUGACUAUCAAGGGACAUCUACACACCUAUCGGUUCUGCGACAAUGUUUGGACAUUCAUUUUGCAGGAUGCCUCAUUUAAAAAUGAGGAUUCAAGUGAGACUGUUGGAAGAAUUAAAAUAGUAGCAUGUGACUCAAAGUUACUUUCACAAUAAGCUCUCAUACAUCAGUUCUAUUCAAUGAAAUUUGCAUAGUUAUUUGCUGAUGAUGGAGCGAAUUCAGUCACGGUGAGGAGGAAAUGACCAUCCAGGAAGUGAUUCAAACGUGAUUCUGUAAAGUCAUCAACCUGAACGGCAAAAAGUUGCAUUGACGAUACAUAGACUGAAAUUGGCUUCUAAAGUUGAUUACAUAACAAUUACGCGAUCCUUCUUCUAGUUAACGAUAAUAAAACAUGAUAUAUGUUUCCAUAUUAUGCUAUUAAUUUCUUGUUGUACUAGUUCCUUUGAAUCUACUUUCUGUACAUUAGAAUUCAAAUUACCACUUCGAAAGGAAUAAACUUGAUUGGAACUA